AUGGCUGGAGGUAAAGGCAAAGCAGGCAAAGAUUCUGGAAAGUCCAAGGGUAAGGUCAUCUCGCGAAGUGCGCGUUCUGGUUUGCAGUUUCCUGUUGGACGUAUUCAUCGCUUCCUAAAACAGAGAACCACAUCUCACGGACGUGUUGGUGCUACAGCAGCUGUUUAUAGUGCAGCCAUCUUGGAAUAUCUAACUGCAGAAGUACUGGAAUUGGCGGGCAAUGCUUCCAAAGAUUUGAAGGUGAAAAGGAUCACACCGAGGCAUUUGCAUUUGGCAAUACGAGGCGAUGAAGAACUAGACACACUAAUAAAAGCCACUAUCGCUGGUGGAGGUGGAUCUCUUUGUCGUUUUGCUUUGUGGAUUCUGGAAAGCGUCUUAAGUUUGGAAAUGAAGUUUGAGACUGUUGAUUUUGUAUUCGCAUUUAUAUUAUUUCCGUGUCGUCUUCGCAAGAGGACACGAAUGUGCAGAAGUCUUUGUGUUAUUAUCGGUACCAUACCACGAAAUAAUCGGCCGUCAAGUAAAACAGUAACCGUUGGUAUGGGCUACCGAGUUGAAGCCUAUCACAAUAUGUGGUACAUUUCAGCUAGCUCGAAUCAUCAGGAAUAUCGUUGCUGUAUAUUCGAAGCUGCCACCGUUACCACUGUAAGAUUUCAUGGUAGCAUUCGUUUCAUUAUGGUAAAGGGAAAGGGUUUUUGCUAA